AUGCCGCCAAGAACUAGCAACACGGACAGUGUUGAAAAUGGCCAAGUACCACAUGAUGCAUCCAAGCCGCACGAGGAUGUUCCCGCCUGCCAGUCUUGUCGAAAGAAGAAGGCCCGCUGCACUCGGGAGCAGCCUUGCUCGGAAUGCAUUCGCUUUAACGUCGACUGUGUCUAUGAUGAGCGGCGCAUGAAACCUGGUCUCCGCACUGGCGCGGUCGACCAACUUUAUCGUCGGAUCGAAACACUGGAGAAUAUGUUCCUUGGCCAGGAAAUGCUUUGGCAGACGAUGUGGAAAUCAUUAUUCCCAAAUUGCUCCGUACCAGAGCUCGGUGAGCGACCAUCCAACAUCAAAAACUUGGCUCGGCGAAGGGAGGAACUCCAGACUGCUUUGCUGCACGCUUCAUCAAGCCCAGGUGGGAGGAAAGAGCAACGGAGUGACGAUACGGAGUCGAUCUCGCGUCCAGCAAAACGACAGCGCGGCGAGUCUACUUCCCUACCUGCCUUCAUCAAUAAUGAGAUCGACAUCGACAGUAUUUUGACAACAAAUGUCGUGACGGAACUGGUCGACUUUUACUUCAUCAAUGUCCACCCUUGGAUCCCAUUGCUUCAUGCAGGCAGAUUUCGGGAGCGCGUGAAUUCCCCAGAUGAACGUUCGCAAAUUUCUUGCAUCCUUCACGCUAUUAUUGCUGUAUGUGUGCGCUUCUCUCAGAAUCCAUCUCUGCCGGAUGAAGAAACGAAAGUAAAGAUUGCCGAGAAGAGCCGACAAAAGGUUAUCUUGGACAGCACUGAGACUUUCUCCGUCGAGAACCUACAGGCACUGGUGAUCAUUGCGUUUGAGACUAUUGGCCGUGGCCGCGGACCUUCGUCAUGGUCUAUCGUUGGAAGCAUGGUUGGCACGGUUAAACAACUGCAACUUGGCGUCGAAGAGGACAUUCUCAGUCAGGCACAAAAAGCAGGUGAGAAUUUGAUUCGGCGCAUGGUAUUCUUGUCUCCGUCCAAGUGCUGGAGUGAGGCCGAAGAACGUCGGCGGGUGUUCUGGACGGUUUUCUUGAUGGAUCGGUUCUCUAGCGUUUCCACGGGCUGGAAGGCAAGUCUGACUAGCACCGAUAUCAAGCGCCGCCUUCCAUGUGAAGGGGCAAUAUGGGAGAAAGAGGAAGAGGCUUGGACCCCGUAUUUUGGCAUCACCGACUCAGAGGAUACAAAUUCGAUAAGCUCGCUUCAGGCUGGUAGCCGCGCGUCGAUGAACAUCGAUAGCGAGGACUCUAUCGGUGGCUUUGCGUACAACAUUGAGGCCACUGAAUCACUAGCUUUGGUCACAAACUUCUUCCUACAUCAUGCGUUUAUCGUUGAGGACAUUGGCAAGACUAGGAUUUGGUUGAUGAAGUUCAAAGAACUGGAUCUACGGCUUAUACAGUGGAAGUUAUAUCUACCACCGAAAUGGAGAGAGGCCUCAGUACUCAAUGCCGACGGUGUUAUGGACCCGAAUCUCACAUUGGCGCAUAUCACACAUAACACUGCCGUGAUUCUAUUGCACCAAGGAAUAGCAUACCCACCUCCCCACUGGCAGAACAGCCUAGUGAAGCUGCCAUCGAUGGCUUCCGCUGAGACAUGUUUGGAAGCAGCCUCUGAGAUCGCUACCAUCGGACGACAAUUUCUCCUAUUUUCGCCCAUAUUCACCAGUCCUCAGUUCUUGUUUUGUCUAUUCAUUGCUGGGAGGAUGCUACUCGCCCAUGGCAGGUAUAACCAAGUCCCUGUUCCGUCUUCGCUCGACACUCUCAUCACCAGUCUUCUCGAGAUUUCCGAACGAUGGAGAGGUCGCAACGAGACUCCAGGCCUGACGGGGGAUAAUCUAGCGUCAAGUUUCGCGAAACGUCUGAUAGAGGCCCAAAAUAACUCUGGCACCGAUCCUCGUCCCAGUCUGGACAUCAGACAGACCGCAUACUCCGACGAAUCGAGAGAGCAGCAUCCACCACUAGCUGCUAGCGGAGCCUCACCAAGUGAUCCUGGUCCUUUCCCAUCGAUGACUCCAAACACAGUUCCUCAUGCUGGCUAUACCAAUAAAAAGUCCUCGCAAGAGUCAUAUAGUAUGAGCCCCUUUAGUCUGGCCUUUCCACCGCUCCCACCAGCUUUUCAAUAUGACUAUCCUGCUUUCUCCCGAUCAGAUACACUCCCAGUAUGUUUACCGGCCGAGUAUCACGCGCAUUCUUCAUUGGGGGGGCAUUCAUACAAUGAUCAACUCAACAUGUGGCAGGCUGGCAGUACGCCAUUAGGAAAUACCGCUGUCAGCUCGCAAAAUGAUCUCUCUCAAGAGCUCAGCCAGUUGCCCACUCCCAGCCAGAUAAUCAGUCGCUAUAGUAGGGCGCAAAUCGAGAGCCAAGCCUCAAACGGAGCACAAAGGAAUAUUCCAAUGCAAGACAAUUUCAACAGGCUAGGCUCUAUUGGCUAA